AUUUUAACGUUUGCAGUCCCAUCCUACUUAUUCAUUGGAUGUCGGGUCCGCGUUCCAGACGCGGUUCUGCCUUCGCGGUUGAAACUUCGGAGAUCCCCCCUCGCUCCCUCCUACCUCCAUCUUCAAGAAGGAAAAAAAAAAAAAAAAAUUCACUUUUUUUCUCUCUGAAAGGGAAUUCCGUGUCUGCUCAGCAUUUUAUAGAACACGUGGAGUCAGGCAUGCGUGAACACCGAAGCAACUGAUCGGACUAGCCAGUGGACUUCUUCGGCAGGCUUAGAAUUCCAGUUCUCGCGAGGAAAAUUUUUUAAAAUUUGAUAUCACAACUUCAAAAAUCGAAGCCCCUUUUGGGUUCUGAUCACUUCCCAAAUAGAAGGAGGAUUCGGGGAUGGGCGAGGGAGACGGAGGAGUCACGUUGAUGGUGCUGUUCUUUAUGCUCUUGUCUGCAGCGUUUCAGGGCUGUGUUUCAGCUGCGAACAAGCCUCAGAACACAAAGAAGCAGACCCCGUCGGCCCCGAUCAAUCGGUUUCGCACCUCGGCGGUACUUCCUCUUUACGGGAAUGUUUAUCCCGAUGGGUACUACUACGCAUCUAUGGACAUAGGUCAACCCCCCAAACCUUACUUUCUUGAUAUUGACACUGGAAGCGACCUCACUUGGGUUCAGUGUGAUGCACCUUGUCAGAACUGCAUUAAGGGCCGUCACCCUCCCUACAAGCCUAGCAAGGACAUUGUCCGUUGUAACGAUCCCCUGUGUACCUCCCUUCGCUUGUCUGCUAACCUCCAAUGCAAUAACCCAAAUGAGCAAUGCGACUAUGAUGUUAAGUAUGCUGAUGAUGGUUCAUCUCUUGGUGUGCUGAUUAGAGACUAUUUUCCUCUACGAUUCACAAAUGGUUCCCAGCUCAGUGCCCGUGUAGCCUUUGGGUGUGGGUAUGAUCAAUUUGUUCCCAGUUCUACUUCUCAUUCUUUCUUGGAUGGAGUUCUUGGUCUUGGCAAUGGAAAAGCAAGUAUUGUUUCACAACUAAGCAACAUGGGUUUAACACGAAGUGUGGUUGGCCACUGUAUGAGCAGUAGAGGGGGAGGGUUCCUGUUCUUUGGAGAUGACCUCAUUCCUUCCUCAGGAAUGGUUUGGUCACCAAUGUCAAGCCAACCAAUGGAGAAAUACUACUCUUCUGGACCUGCAGAGCUUCUUUUUGGUGCACAGGCCACUGGUGUUAAGGGCCUCUCUGUGGUUUUUGACAGUGGAAGCUCAUAUACUUACCUCAAUUCUCAGGCUUAUGAUAUCACACUUUCAACGAUACGAAAAAAUUUAAAUGGUAAGCCAUUAAAGGAUGCGAAAGAUGAUGGAACCCUACCAAUCUGCUGGAAAGGUGCGAAACGUUUCAAAUCCAUUAGUGAUGUCAGGAGUUACUUCAGCCCCCUAGUAUUGAGGUUUGCAAAUAACAACGCUGUUCCAAUGCAAAUACCGCCUGAAGCUUAUUUGAUCAUCACAAAACAGGGUAAUGUUUGCUUGGGCAUUCUGAAUGGCACUCAAAUAGGACUGAAGAAUCUAAAUGUAAUUGGAGACAUUUUCAUGCAAGAUAAAAUGGUGGUUUAUGACAACGAGAAACAGAAGAUCGGAUGGAUGACUGCAAACUGCAAUAGACCUCCCAAUGUGGAUCGUGAUUGUAGUGAAGGCUUUUCUCAGCCUUGUGCAGGCAGUAUGGAUGUUCUACAGGAGCAUUGUCCAGCCACUUUUCCUUUCCGAGAAGAGUUCUAAGUUGAAGUUAGUCAGCAGCAAGGCUAGUUUCAUGCUUCCACAGAUAGGAAAUACAAAGUUGCAUACAUUCCUUAUGAGUCCUUUUGCUUACAGGGUUAUUUUGGUGUUUCACGUUUUAAUAGGAAGUGUAGGUGGGUGUUAUCCCAAAUGGCGAGGAGGCAAUGUAGAUGUUUGUCAUAAAAGAUAUUGUUCUAAUACAAUGCUGCUCCUGUUGUUGAAAGCUAA